CACGCACGCACGCACGCGCGUCUCCUUCCGUGUGUGCGAUCUGUCAUUUGGUGUUCAAGGAAAUACGCUGUUCCUUAAAUUUCUCGAAUGUGUUAACGUCUGUGUAAAUUCAAAGCUGCAAAAGUCUAAGGAUGAAGAACCCGUCCAUCGUUGGAGUCCUGUGCACAGACUCACAAGGCCUCAAUCUGGGCUGCCGUGGGACACUGUCAGAUGAGCACGCUGGAGUAAUCUCUGUUCUAGCGCAGCAAGCAGCGAAGCUGACCUCUGACCCCACCGACAUUCCUGUGGUGUGCCUAGAAUCAGAUAACGGGAACAUCAUGAUCCAGAAACAUGAUGGCAUCACAGUGGCAGUGCACAAAAUGGCCUCUUGACAUCUGUCAGCAGUUCUCCAGCAGCAUGUCAGAGACUCGAUCCAACGUAUUAUGGAACUACUAAAGUUCUAGAAGUCAGGCUAUUCGUUCAAUGUACAACGGGCACUAUUCUAUUUAUUUUAGAGUUAGUUGCUUUCUAACACUGUAUGGACAGACCAGUCAGGUUAUUAGUAAAGCUUAUAUUGCACUGAUCUAGGUUACUUGUGUGUUAGAUUCUUGUUAUGUCCAAUAAAUCUGCUUGAAGGCAAGCUUGCAGCUUUUCUGGAUUCUUUAAACUUUUAUUAAAUGCUCAUUUAAAAAAAAUU